CUUUGGUAUUUUGCAAACUGGUCAUACUGCCAUCAAAAACCUCAUUUUUGCCGAAAUUUGUUAUUAUUGUCAUUAUUCCGAAGCUUUUUAACACAAAACGCCCAAAAUACUAAUUUUGAUCAGCUUGCAAUAACUCAACGAUCUGUUGGGCAACUAGAGGAGACAUUGCAUUUGGCCAGAACCUGGGAUAAACGGCACAGCAACAUCAUGAACUUCUUGCGGCAAACUUUCGGCAUUACGAAACAAUUGACGACGCUGGCCAUCCAGAGCAGCUAUGAGACCGCCGUGCGUGGCAUGGCCUCCCUGCAGCAGAUGCAUCGCUCUGGGCCCCACAUCAAGACGCGUCCACCGCGUCAGCCACUGGAUGGCAAGCCCUUUGCCAAGGGUGUCGUCCUCAAGACGUUGAUCAAGAAGCCAAAGAAACCCAAUUCGGCGAAUCGAAAGUGCGUACUGGUACGCCUCUCCACCGGCAAGGAGAUGGUGGCCUACAUACCCGGCAUUGGCCACAAUCUGCAGGAGCACAACAUUGUUCUAUGCCGUGUGGGACGCCUGCAGGAUGUGCCCGGCGUUAAGCUGAAGGCAGUGCGUGGAGUCUAUGACUUGGCGCAUGUCAUCAAGAAGACGCAGUAGUAAGCAACACUGUUCUCCUGCUCCUGCUCCUGCUCCUGCUCCCAAGUCACAUUGUACCAUAGACCAUAUAGUAAAUGCGUAACCAUUGUUAA